AAGCUCUUCGGGAUUAUCAAUAGAAAUCUAUACGAACGAUGGUAAUCUGCGAGAUUGAAUUCAGCAAUAAUCCCAGGGGGAUUUUCUACGCAGGCCAAUUGAUUUCUGGACAGGUGGUAAUCAAGACUGAGAAGGCAAAACCAGUUAAGGCUGUGGUUCUUCAGAUCAAAGGAUUCGCCGAAACUUAUUGGACAGAUCCCGAGUUCGACUCGGAGGAUCAGUCGAACGGUGAGUCAUUCAAGGGACAUGUGGACUACAUUGCCACUAAGGCUUAUCUGCACGGGUCGAGCUCUAGCAUAGAGGUGAUUAUUGAGCCGGGCACGAGCACGUAUAGAUUUGCCUGUCAGUUGCCAAUCACAUGUCCCUCUUCGUUUGAGGGAACCCACGGACGUGUUCGAUAUCUGGUCAAUGUAAGAUUCCUGCGACCCUGGAAAUUCGAUCAGAACUUUGGUCGCAGCUUCACGGUACUCAAGGUGAUGGAUUUGAAUACCGAGAGUCUGAUGUUGAGGGUGCCCACCCAGGUGGAGUCCCAAAGGACCUACUGUUGUUUUCCCUGUCGGUCAGAUCCCCUCAGCAUUCGUCUCUCUCUGCCACAAGGUGGCUUUGUGCCCGGCCAGACAAUACCUGUGGGUGUAAUGAUCUCCAACGAUAGUCACGUUGCCGUCGAGGACAUAACCGUGACACUGGCCAUGGUGGUGAUUUACUAUAGUCAACCUCCGACGGCGGAUACCAACAAGGAUCGUUUCGUGAUGGUACAGAAAACCGGCGAAGGUGCUCCUGCAAAGUGUCGAAAGCAAUUCACCUUUGACAUACGGGUGCCAGCAACGCCACCCACUUGCUUUAACUUAUGCAGUAUCAUCCAGAUUGGAUAUCAGGUGGAGGCGGAGGCCAGGGUCAAGGGUUGUCAUGCCAAUCAAUCUGUUCACAUGCCGGUGACCAUUGGCAGUGUGCCACUCACCAAGCAGCUGCAAAAGGAGGGCAGGAUUUGGGGAGAAGAUCUGCCGCCACAACAAUUGGAUGCCAAGGCAUUGGUUUUAAUAAAAAAUGAAGAGGUCAUGGAAACAGUUGGACCUGUAAAUCCCUGGGCUGCUGAUACCUCAAUUGCACCUCCCCACUAUGCCGAAGCCAAACACAUCUCUCCAGAAACCCAAAAAUCCUCGAAAGCUAAAAAGAAAUCCAUAAAAAAGACUACCAAAGAGUCAAAGGACCAAAAUGGAAUGGAAAUUGUAUUUACUCCUUUAUAUGCUGUUUUUGACCUGGAAAAUCCAGAUGAUAAUUUGAUUUUGAGGUCCAAUGAAUCAAAGACUGAUGGCGGCUAUGUAAAUGAAGAUGUGGAUAGAAGCACUUGGCUUUAA